AUGGACGCGCCCUCGACAAACCCCAUCAACCCUGCUGCCCUUCCCCGUCAGCGCUCCUCCCCCGCCAACGACCACGCUCAGUCUCCGCCCCCCAUGGCCCAGCAACAACCAUACCCCUACCCCGUCCAGCAACAGCAGCCUGCAUGGCAGCCCUCCCAGCCCCAGUUCUACCCCCAGUUCUAUCAAAAUCCCCAUCAGCAGCCCUACCCGAUCCACCCACACCAAGCUCAUCCCCAGCAGGGCCAGAUGCAGUACUACGAUCCUGCCAAUGCCCAGCUCGCCCAGUGGGCAUACCAGCAGAUGAUGUUCCAGCAGGCCCACCAAAUGUCCCAGAUGUCCCCCAUGCCUGCCCAGCGCGCUCGCAGCGGCUCCACCGGCUCCCCAGAUUACUUCGCCCAGGGCCAGAUGGCCAACUUCAGCCCGUUUCCCAGCGGCACCCCUCCCCCGCCCCAUCCGUCUCACCUCCCCAUGGGUUAUCAGCCCCAGCCUGACCAGAACGGGCAACAUGGCGGCUAUCAUCCCUACCGUCGUCCUCAGAGGCAAGGCUCGUCCAACCAGGACGCCGACUGGCGCUCUCCACCACAGCCCAGCGGCUCCUUCAAGCCACCGUACGCCCAGGUCGACGCCGCCGGCUCCUCCACCUCCGUCAACUCUGGUUCCUCCCACUCGGGCAGUCACAGGCAACGCGCGAACAGCAAUCAAGGAUCAGGUCACAACAGCCCCGCCCCCACCCCCGCCGCCCAUGUUCAUCCCAAGCAGAGCAGCAGUAGAUCAACAACGUCCAAUCCCGCGCCGCCGCCCUCGUCUAACGGUUCGUCCCAACGCGUCCACCAGCGCACCGGCUCUUCUUCCUCCAACGCUUCCUCGGCUCGCUCACAACCCCCCGCUGCUGCUGCCGCCACUAUCUCGCCACCGCCGACGCAAAUCAACCUGCGCAAACCGUCGCCCUUAUCUCAGGGUACAUUCACCGCUGCCGAGAAACGGAUGUCACGAGACGACAGUGAUCUGGCUGCGAUGAUGGAGCCUACUGCUGUCGGACCCCGCAGCGGCCUCAAGGGCCGCCUGCGCCGCGCGCUUUCGCUUAACGCCAACAACACCCUUCACGAGGAGGACGAGGAGAACGCGACGUCGCGGCAUGGUGCCCCGCGGCCGAGCACCAGUUCAGGCGCGACGCUCCCGAUGGACGAUGGGGACUCCACUGCCACGGUGCAGAAAAAGAAGUCCCGCUCGCUCUUCAACAACAAGUUCAACCGCUCGACGGACAACAUCUCCCUAUCGUCGACGAUGUCGUCCGCUUCCAUGGUCAUUCGGAAGCUCGGAUCCAUCGGGAAGCUUGCGCGCCGGAACUCGCUCGCUGGGAUCACGUCCCUGUUCAAGGACAAGAAUAAGGACGGCGAUGAGGAAGGUUCUGGGAAGAAGAGCAAGAAGAAGAAGGGCGAGAAGGGCGCCGCCGCCGAGGCCAGCGUCUCGCACGUUACCGCCGAGCUCGACCGUUCCGACUGGACCGCCAGCCCGGACAUGGUGGGCCUCAGUCCGGCCGCGCGUCUUGCGCGGCAGCACACCCUCAAGACCAAUGCGGAGGCCGCGGCGAAGGCGAAGGCUGAGGCGGAGCGGGUGGCAGCGGAGACGGCAGGCGGCCCGGUGCCGACCACAUGGGAGAAGAACACGACUAACAGGCAGAAUGACAAUCUGCCGGGGCGGGUCGGAGGGCCGUCGCGUGUGAACGAGGACGGCAUGCGGGUCGUUGUCGAGCACGACGACUCGGACAGUGGUAGCGACGAGCAAGACCAUGCGCAUAACUACAGCCACGUCGAGGGAUGGGAGGACGAUGAGGAAUGGGGAGAGGGCCACGAUGACGAGGAUAUGACGAUCCGUCAAGCACUGGACGGCGCCAGCCUAGAAGAGGACGACCCGGAGAUGGAGCCCUGGGCCCUCAACCUGCGCAGGAGUGUCGAACGGACACGCAAGCCUGCGAAGGGCAUUCUGAAAAAGCCCGUCGACGGCUCAGAAUACACUCAGGAUACGUAUCUCCCUCCCAACCCGGCGUUCACCCGGGCGCGGGCCAACUCUUACGACUCGGCCCAGCCUUCUGGCGAGGCCUCGCACCCCUCGCAUCUCCCGGGGUCGGACCCGGACCAGAUCGACGGGCUCGCAAAGUCUCACGGAUCGGCCAACGGCCACUCGCCUGCGGAACCAGGACCGUUCCUGCCUCAGCUCUCAUUUGACAGCAACGGGAUCAACCUGGAUUCGCCCGUCAAGCACGAGGUCGCCGAGCCCGCGCCGAUCGUCGCCACGGAGAAGACGUCGCUUUUCAGCCUCCCGAACUCGUCCGCGCCCGCGCUGUCCAAGUUUUCGAGCUCGACGGCGCCGACGCUCACGCAUCGGUCGGCGACGGCGCCCGCGAAGCGACUCGUGUUCGCCGCGAACUUGUCCGUGUAUGACACCUUCCCCGCGACGGUGUACGACCGUCGGAGCGAGCCCGCGACAUGGAGUAGGCUGACGCCCGCGCUGGCGCAACGGAUCAAGGAGGAGCUCAACUCGUACAAGAUGGAGGAGAUGGAGGUGCACGCUAACAGCCGCGUACAGUGCGUUGUUCCCUUUUUUCUGUCUCCUCGCCGUUUCUGA